CCGCACUCUGCCCCGCUACAUUGCCUAUAAAAGUCCUUUGACCCCACUUUCACCUUCUCUCUCCUUUAUAGAGAUUAUACACACCAUUCUCUCUUGAAACUACAUACUUUUAUAAUCUAUACACACAUUAUGGUUAAAGUUGCUGUUUGUGGCGCUGCCGGCGGGAUCGGCCAGCCAUUAUCCCUCUUGUUGAAGUUGAACCCACUUGUUUCCGAGUUGUCGUUGUAUGAUAUUGCCAAUUCCGCCGGUGUUGCGGCCGAUUUAUCGCACAUAAGCACCCCUGCCAUCGUUAAGGGCUACGCUCCCGCCUCUAGGGAUGACUUGGAGGCCUUGGGCAGCGCCUUAACCGGAUGUGAGGUGGUGAUCAUCCCGGCCGGAGUGCCGAGAAAGCCUGGCAUGACUAGAGACGACUUGUUCAAGAUCAAUGCCGGGAUCGUGAGAUCUCUAGUUGCCGGUGUUGCCAAGCACUGCCCACGGGCCGUUGUGUGCAUAAUCUCUAACCCGGUGAAUGCCACCGUACCGAUUGCGGCGGAAGAGUUGAAAAAGCAUGGUGUAUUUGACCCCAAGAAGUUGUUCGGUGUCACCACCUUGGACUCCGUCAGAGCCGAGACCUUUUUGGCGGAGUUGAUUGGUGCCAAGGACCCAGAAGUCUUGAGAGGCGAAGUUGCCAUUGUGGGUGGCCACUCUGGGGACACUAUUGUACCCUUGUUAUCCAAGUCGUCCAAGCACGCUUCCCAGAUUGCGAAAUUGCCCCAAGAGACGUUGAAGAAGUAUAUCCACCGCGUGCAGUUUGGUGGGGACGAAGUGGUUCAGGCCAAGAACGGUGCUGGCUCUGCCACCUUGUCUAUGGCCCACGCUGGCUACCGUUUUGCUGAGUUGAUCAUCCAGGCCAAGAGCGGCAAGUCCGUCACCCGCUCCAGAAGUUUCACUGAUGCCGCUUAUGUCUACUUGCCGGGUAUUGAGGGUGGUAAGCAGGUCUCCCAGACAUACGGGGUCGACUACUUUGCUCUUCCAGUGCGUUUAGCCAGAGAUGGUAGCGCCGAAAGCGUCGACGCCAGCGUGUUAAAAGGCGUCACCUCCCAGGAGCGGGAAUUGUUGAAGAUUGCUGCGGCCGGUGUGGGCAAGUCUGUUGUGCAGGGCACAAACUUUGUUGUCGGCGCAAAGUUGUAA